AUGGUGGCGCCACGUCCGCGUCCGCUACAGGCGCUGAACUACUCGGAAAUUGUUGGACGACGGAAGAGACAUGGCAUAACGUUUAUAGUUGGAUUAAUAAUAGCCAGAGUUGCAACGAUUCCGAAGGCGACAGCGUCCGCUCGUCAAGCUCUUCGCAUCUGCAGUCCAGCCCAAAGCAGUCAUCAGGCUGGCCGUUGGACGACUCGUCGCUGA